CAAGACUUUCAAAUCCUCGGUCCAAGAAAUGCGUCUCCACUUCCUUUCUUCCUCUUCCGCCUCCUCCCCUCUCUGCCGCCGAUUCCUGCUGCACCCCAAUCCACCAGCCAGCCUCCGUUUCCUCGCCAUGAGCGCCGCCGCCUCAAGCUCCUCGUCCCGGCAGGUGCGCGGUGCGGCGGUGCCGGUGCCUUCUCUCAGCGCCGACGAGACCGGCGCAGUGGCUGACGAGGCCUUCCAGAGGCAUACGUCGCCGAGCUUGAGGAGAGGCGGGGCCGGGGUGGCCGUAGUGUGGUUCAGGAACGACCUCCGGGUCCUCGACAACGAGGCGCUGGUGCGCGCGUGGGCGGCGUCCGAGGCGGUCCUGCCGGUGUUCUGCGUUGAUCCUCGGGUCUUCCAGGGGAGCACGCACUACUUCGGGUUCCCCAAGACUGGAGCAUUGAGGGCACAGUUCUUGAUAGAGUGUCUGGGAGAUCUGAAGUAUAAUUUGAAGAAAAAGGGUCUCGAUUUACUAGUUCGCACCGGCAAGCCUGAAGAGAUCCUUCCUUCGAUUGCAAAGGCUGUCAGUGCACAUACUGUUUAUGCUCAAAAGGAAACCUGCAGUGAGGAGCUCCUCGUCGAGUGCCUCGUGAGCAAAGGCCUAGAGCAAAUUCAGAUUACUCAAGGAGGAACAUCUGGCCAGAAGAAAUCUCCGAACCCCAAGCUGCAGCUCAUCUGGGGAGCAACAAUGUACCAUAUUGAUGACCUCCCUUUCACUGUGAACAACUUGCCUGACGUGUACACACAGUUCAGAAAGGCGGUUGAAUCGAAGUCCUCGGUUAGGAAUUGCAGCAAGUUGCCGCCAUCGCUUGGGCCGCCCCCUAGUUCCGGCCUAGAUGAGAUUGGAGGGUGGGGGGCAAUACCAACACUGGAGUCGCUAGGCCUGAGUGUCACAAAGUCCGAGAAGGGAAUGCAUUUCAAAGGAGGAGAGAAUGCAGCUCUCGGAAGAAUCCAUGAAUACUUCUGGAAGACGGAUCAGCUGAAAGUCUACAAAGAGACCAGGAAUGGCAUGUUAGGUCCAGAUUACUCCACAAAAUUCUCUCCUUGGCUUGCUUCUGGCAGUCUUUCGCCACGUUAUAUUUUCGAAGAGGUGAAGAGAUAUGAGAAGCAAAGAGUAGCAAAUGAUUCUACAUACUGGGUUUUGUUUGAGUUGAUAUGGAGAGACUACUUCAGAUUUCUAUCAGCAAAAUAUGGGAACUCCAUUUUCCACCUAGGAGGUCCGAGGAAAGUAGUAUCCAAAUGGAGUCAGGACCAAGCAUUGUUUGAAUCUUGGAGAGAUGGUCGAACCGGCUACCCUCUUAUUGAUGCCAACAUGAGGGAGCUUUCAGCCACUGGUUUCAUUUCUAACCGUGGCCGUCAGAUUGUCUGCUCAUUUCUUGUCCGAGAUAUGGGUAUCGAUUGGAGAAUGGGAGCAGAAUGGUUCGAGACAUGUUUAUUGGAUUAUGACCCAUCUUCAAAUUAUGGUAACUGGACAUAUGGAGCAGGAGUUGGCAAUGAUCCACGAGAAGAUCGAUACUUCAGUAUCCCAAAGCAAGCCAAAACGUACGAUCCUGAAGGGGAGUACGUCUCAUACUGGUUACCAGAACUCCGGUCGCUGGCGAAGGAAAGAAGAAACUUCCCAGGGGCGUCAUACAUUAGGCAGAUCGUCCCACUGAAGUUCGAUGGUGGAAAUCAGAAAAAAGAUCAGCAGUUCAACCAGCAGAGAAGGCCGAACAACAUGUACAGAAGGAGAUGAAGUAAAUUAACAUAGUUGGUUGGAGAUUGAGGAUGCACGAAUUUCUCUAUGGCCUUAUGCAAAAGUUCAUUGGAGGAUUCUUCUGUGUUUUGCAAUGUUUGUCAGCACUCAGCACAUCCAGCACAGAGCAUGAGAAGGCAUAAACACACCACAUCCAGCACAUUACAACACAGAGACUGAAGAAAGGCAAACAUUUUCAUUCUGGUUACCUCAUUUCUCAACAAAGUUUACAAGUGCUUAUUCAACAAAACUAGCUCCAUUAACCAAAAAAGCUAAGCAAAAAGAUAUUUACAACACUUCCGAUGACAUACUCUAAACACUCAGAUGAGGCAUUUCACACCUUCAAAAGGCACGAUGACUCUAUGUACAAGUUAGCCUUGCUGGGAGAAGCAGAGUUACAACUACGUCACUGGGAGGCCAUGAAACUGAUAAAUAUAGCUUCAAGCCUUCGUAAUAGAUCCUUUUGUUGCACAGUAGCGAGCAUUGUAGCCCUUGGUCGGUAUAGGAAUCCCUAUAGACUGAUCAACACCUUGCACCUUCCAUGCACAGAAUUGGGCAUCAUGAACAAGAGGAUUGGUUGCACGAACUGGUGGAGACCCCAUGAAGUACGGAGGUGAAGCCUGCAGAUUGUGAAACCUUCUAGCUUAGAAUAUCAAGACGGUUGCCAACACUCUCACGGUGCAACUGGUCAGCCAGACAUGUCAGAGAAGCGGUUCGCUGAGCCAGCCCGGGUUCGAGUCACGACACAAGCUUCUUAAGAUGACAAUCAGGGGAACGUCUCUCCCCCUGGUCGAGUAUUUUUUUAGAAUAAUAUCAAGAUGUUUUGGAACUUUGGUUCCAUGUAAAGGGUGGCACUUUAUAUUUACCCAUGCUAGAAAUUUACUCCAAAACCAACUCAAAACCGAUAGAGAAAAAA